AUGGCGGAUGCAGAAGAUCACACACAGGAACAACCCCACCUAAGGGGAGUACCUGAAACUGUGCUGUCUGCUGACCUCCCUCUCUAUGUUUGCGGCCUCCUCCACGCGUAUGCUCCAGUGAUACUGGUGGAUAUGCUUCUGGUGGACAGGGUACAUAGAGUCCCCAAGCCGAG